UCACUCAAGCAGCCUUCCGUCAGCGAGCGGACACCAGAGCGUCUGACACCGGCGCUGAUUGGCUGUAAAGUUGAGUGAGGAGCAACAACUCGAGCCGAUGCUGUCAGUCCCGGGGCAGCCGACGAGCGCGCGGCUCUCGCCUUUGGAUCCCGUUGGGUUGUUUUUUUUCUUUCUUUUUUUUCCCGAGAGGAUUUCGCGUUGACAUCACAAGGGUGCGGACUUUUGGUUUUAGGCAAUGAGAAUACCCAGGAGCCGGUGUCUGAACUGCGCCUGAAGGUGGAUGUGUGGUGUAAAAGCGCCACGAGCAGGAACAGGGAGAGGAAGAGGAGGAGGAGGAUGCACGAGGAGCCGUCCGCGACCUAACGCGUUUAAAAAGUGAACUCAUGCUAACUUUCACUUCCAGCAGGGGCGGAAAGCUGCUGUCCGGCAGGGCGACCGUGCGGUCACUUCUGGUCCUGAUUAUGUCUCUGUGGGAAAGCAAACAGGCCACAGGGUCCCUGCUUGACCAGACGAUCGGGAAGUGGUACGAAUACAAGACAAACUGCACCAACAUGUUGGCAUCGAGGAGCCCACACAGAACUGGAGUCUUCUGCAAUGGGACAUUUGACCAGUUUGCCUGCUGGCCGGAUUCUCCUCCUGGGAACGUCUCUGUGCCCUGUCCGUUUUACCUGCCCUGGAUUGCUGAAGGGCGUGCUGGAAAGCUGUACAGAUACUGUGCAGAAAAUGGCACCUGGCUGACCGUAGGGGGCACCAAAGAGAUUUGGCGCGAUCACUCGGAGUGCUCUGAGCAGUACCAUCACUUCCAGCAGCAAGAGAAGCAGCACGUCCUGCUGACCACCUUGCGCUAUAUCUCGACGAUCGGCUACUCGCUGUCGCUGCUGUCCCUGUCGUUGGCCGUGUUCAUCCUCAUGUUUGUCAGUAAGCUCCAUUGCACCCGCAACCAAAUCCACGUCCACUUGUUUGCCUCCUUCAUGCUGCGCGCCAUGGUGGUCCUGGUGAAGGACCUUCUCUUACACAUCACCUACUCUCAGAGGCCCACCGAAGAAACUGGAUGGCGUUACUACUUCAACUCUGAGAUCACAACCGCAUGCCGUGCCACGCAUGUCUUCAUGCACUACUCUGUCGGCGCCAACAUGUUUUGGCUGUUAGUCGAGGGCCUCUACCUCCAUACCUUGCUCUUCUCAUCUGUGCUUUCAGAGACGCGGCUCAUGAGGAAGUACAUGCUGAUUGGCUGGGGCUCUCCAGUUCUGUUUGUCGUUCCCUGGAUCACGGCCAAAGCUUUAUUGGAAAACGACGGGUGCUGGGGAACAAACAUUGACAUGAGGAUCUGGUGGAUCAUCAGAGGACCCAUGAUGCUUCCUUUUGCAGUGAAUUUCAUAAUAUUUAUCAAAAUCCUGCGGCUAUUGCUGUCAAAGCUGAAGGCUCAUCAGACUCCAUUUAAUGACUACAAGUACAGACUGGCACGAGCGACCCUUGUGUUAAUCCCCUUGUUGGGCACCCAGGAGUUUGUCUUCAUGUUUGUGACCGACGAGCAGGUGUCCGGCCGGCUGCACAUCAGGCUCUUCGUCCAGCUGCCCAUAAGCUCCUUUCAGGGCUUCAUCGUCUCUCUGCUCUACUGCUUUGCCAGCUGGGAGGUGCAAGCCGAGCUGAAGAAGCGCUGGAGGCUUUUCCUUUUCACCCACCAGAAUGAACAAGCCAGCUGCUUCCUGGAGAAACCUUUCAAGUACCUGGGGAAAUAUUCCACCGGGCGGCGCACCAACCACUACUUCAAUCAGAAUGAGUGCUACGGGGACGUGAAGAGGCCCUCAAACGUCCAACUCCUGCAGGUCACCACAAACCCCACCAUUGACCUCUGUCCGCCCGGCCUCACGGAGGGCCAGUGUUUUACCAGAGGGGGCAGCCUGUCGAGCAGCGAGUGGGAUGGGACGCUGGGCGAGACCGUGGAGGAGAUACUGGAGGAGAGCGGCAUGUGAGGAGGAGGAGGACAAUUGAUUAAAGACUGUAAUUUAUAGGGAUUUCCGACACUGAAUGACGAUUGGCAGUAAUGCCGUUUUCGAGGUUUGUAAGAUAUGAUAAUACUUAAAAACACAUGAAGGCCGCCAACGUGCUUUAGUGGAAUUAAAGCGUAAAACUGCAGGUUCAUUUCUAGAGGUGUGUGGUAUCGUUAUG